AUGUUAGUUUCUGACAUUAAUAUUUCUACUUAUGAAUGUAAAAAUGCUUUGUCAGCAAGGAAAGAUCCAGAUUCAGUUACUGCUCUAAUUCAAGAUGAAUUGGUUAAAGGCUUCAUUCAGGGACCUUUUUUACACCCCCCUUUUUCUGUUUAUAGGGUUAGUCCAAUCGGAAUAGCAGUACAUAAAUAUUCUUUUAAGAAAAGACUUAUAUUGGAUCUUUCCUCGCCUCACAACAGCUGUGAUCAUGAUAGUGUGAAUGAUUUGAUAGACAAAGAUUUAUGUUCACUUAGUUACAUUAAAGUUGACGAUGCAAUCAAUGCAAUUCAAGAUUAUGGUGUUAAUAGCAUUUGUUGUAAGGUAGAUGUCUGCGAUGCGUUUAAACAAUUAGGUAUUUUACCUUCCCAAUGGCAUUUAUUUUGUUUUAAAUGGCAUAAUUUUUAUUAUCAUUAUGUAAGACUUCCUUUUGGUUGUCGAUCUAGUCCUAAGUUAUUCGAUAUGUUGUCAAGAAGUAUAUGUUGGAUAGCCAAACAUAAUUAUAACAUUAAUGUAAUUUUUCAUCUUUUAGAUGAUUUUUUGACAGUUGAUAGGCCUACUGAUUGUGGAGAAAGAACAAUGGCUUUACUUUCUUUAAUUUUCAACAAAUUAAGUAUUCCUUUAUCAAAGAAAAAGACUGUUGGUCCUUCUUGUGUAUUAGAAUAUUUAGGCAUUGUAUUAGACACUGUAAAUAUGCAAGCUAGAUUGCCUCAAGACAAAGUAAAAAGAAUUACAGAUUUUAUAACUUUAAUUUUAAGUAAAAAGUCCUGUACUAGGAAAGAACUUGAACAGUUGCUUGGACAUUUAAAUUUUGCAACUAGAGUUAUUCUUCCAGGACGCUCUUUUGUUAGUUAUUUGUACAAGUUAAUGUCAUCUGUCAAAGAGAGUUUUUAUCAUGUUCAUUUAAACAAAGAGUGCAAAGCUGAUUUAUAUAUGUGGUUAUCUUUUUUGAAAAAUUGGAAUGGUAUCAAUUUCUUUUAUGAAAAGACUUUAACUAGAGCAGCAGAUAUGAUGCUUUAUACAGACGCGUCCUCUUUAAUAGGAUUUGGUGGAUAUUACCAGCAUAAAUGGUUUUGUGACCGUUGGCCCGACAAUUUACCAUGCAAAUCUGACUUUGCCGCUUCAAUGGCCUUCUUGGAACUUUAUCCUAUAGUUGUUGCAGCUGUUCUAUGGGGUAAGGAGUGGUGUGGAAAAAGGAUUCUCUUUUAUUGUGACAAUUUAGCAACAGUCCACAUUAUUGCUAAAGGUCGAUCGAAAGAAACAAACAUUAUGAAAUUAAUGCGUAAACUUACAAUGUGUGCUGCAACUUAUAACUUUGCUGUUUAUAGUGAACAUUUACCGGGCAAAUCUAAUGUAAUUGCUGAUGCAUUGUCUCGUUUACAGAUGAACAAGUUCAGACUUUUAGCGCCUCUAGCAGAAGCAACAGCCACUCCUUGCCCACAGCUUUCAGACAUUCUCUGGACAGCUCAGUAG